GGGUUUUAUAAAUCAUAACCUUUGAGUGGAAAGUUGUGUUCACAAGCGUAAUAAAUGCCUCCUCAGGUCCAGUCCUGGCCCACUGGGUCCUGUCUUUAUGGGUGCAUGGUGGAGUCGACUGUUGGAGACGGUCCACUGGAUGAAGACGGUCAGCCUCAUGGUUUCUGCACAGUGACCUACUCAUCCAGUGACCGUUUUGAAGGACACUUCAGCCACGGAGAGAAGAACGGAAAGGGCAAGCUCUUCUUCUUUGAUGGAAGCACCUUGGAGGGUUUUUAUGUGGAUGAUGCUCUGCAGGGUCAGGGGGUGUACACGCAUGAAGACGGGAGCAUUCUCAACGGGACCUAUGUGGACGGCGAACUCAACGGCUUGGCUCAGGAGGUGGACGGAGAGGGCCGCAUGGUGUUCAAGGGCCAGUACAAGGACGACGUCCGCUAUGGGGAGUGCUGGGUGUACCACCCCGACGGGGGUUGUGUGUUCGGGGAGGUGAACAAGGACGGAGAGAUGACCGGUGACUCUAUAGCCUAUGUUUACCCAGAUGGCUGCACGGCUCUAUUUGGAACCUUCGUGGAUGGGAACUUGAUCAGGGCUCGCCUGGCCACUCUGAGCUUCAACCAGACUGGAAAACCAUUCUUUGAAAUUUCACCCAACAGUCCAGUGUAUUCCUAUGACAAGUCCACGUCGACCUGUAUCACCUCUCAGGCUCUGCUGCCUGACCCAUAUGAGAGUCAAAGGGUGUUUGUGGCUGAAUCUUUAAUCAGAGGAGCUGGACAGGGACUGUUUGCCAAGACCGACGUCGGGCCUGAGACCGUGAUGGCUUUUUACAAUGGAGUCCGCAUCACGCACUCUGAGGUGGACGGUCGAGACUGGGCUCUGAAUGGAAACACCAUCUCACUGGAUGAAGAGACUGUGAUCGAUGUUCCUCAGCCCUUUGACCAGAUGGAGAAGUACUGCGCCUCGCUGGGUCACAAGGCGAACCACUCCUUCAGCCCUAACUGCAGAUACGAGCCGUUUGUCCAUCCUCGUUUUGGGCCAAUCAAAUGCAUCCGAACCUCGAGGGCCGUGCAGAGAGACGAGGAGCUGACCGUUUUGUACGGUUAUGACCACGAGUCGACGGGAGGCAGCGGCCCAGAGGCUCCUGAUUGGUACAAGAAGGAGUUGGAGCAGCUGUCUCUCACUGGACAAUGACUCAGAACCCUGGAGGACAUGACCUGUAGCUGCUGACCUUCUUCUCCAGAAAAACCCUGAGUGAUACCAGAAGUAUGCAAAGAUCACAAAGAUCUUAGAGGAAUCGAGUAGAACCUGGAGACGCAGCGCUGCCCUGUUUAUUGUAAAGAUUCAGUGUUUCUGAAAUCUGACCUUUACCUGCAGCUCAAACUGAAACCUUUUACAAGAUAACUUUAUACGCAUAUUUUUUGAUAAAAGAACAAAAUGAUUAUUAAUAUUUAUUAGAUGUAUAUUUCCUCAUCUUUGUAAAUAACAUCUGAACUUCAGUUUUCUACGAGCUGCCAUGUUUCUGAAGUCAAUAAUCAUUCAUCCUCCACAAUAAAAAGAAUCGUUUCACUUCC